CUCAGCUAUUACUUUUACUCUCCUGGACUAGUCAUAAUUUUGAUUUCACAGUUUGUUGUAAUACGAAAUAAUUUUAAUCACAUUUGAGAAAUAGUUCGAUAGUAGUUGACUAGUCUUAAAUUCAAAACGAUGAAAUCCAGUGAUACAGUCAACUACUCUGACUAUGUAAAACAAGAGGCUAAUGACAUGUGCUACGAUGAAAAAAAAUAUAGUGAAUCCAAAGACCAAACAUCCGAUACAAAACAUUUGCAAUACCUCAGAUGUCUGCAAGAGAGUACCAAUCAUACUCUUGAAAAGCUCGAAGAUUUUCGUGAAUCUCAACCUAACCAAGAAAUUAAAAUAGAGUUUGAGUGCAAAGAUGUAAAACCCAUUGUGAAUUUAUUGGUAGCUGAUAAAAAGAACGAAGAAAUUCAAAAACUCAAAUCUAACCAAGAAAUUAAAAUAGAGUUUGAGUGCAAAGAUGUAAAACCCAAUUUAUUAGAACAUAACUUGAUUAAAAUAGAAAAAAAGGCCACCGAGAAGGAAGAGUUUCUCGGUGGAACUAUACAAAUUAAUGAUACACAUACUGACUGCCAAAUCAGGGGACAAAAUGCGAAAAUUGAUGCUUUAGUUGGUAAGAGUAAAAAAUCAAUUGAAUGUAAAACAUGUUUGAAACAAUUUCUUACAAAAAUGAAUCUGAAAGAUCACAUUGAUUCAGAGCAUAAACGUGUCAAAUACCCAUGUUACAAUUGUGAAAAGGAAUUCGAAAGCAAAAGUUAUCUCAAAUUACAUAUUGAUUCAGUGCAUAAUGGUCAAAAACCUUACACCUGUGAUAUAUGUGAAAAGACAUUUACACAAAAAAGUAGUUUGAAUACCCAUAUUGAUUCGGUGCAUGAUUGUAUCAAACACCCAUGUACCAAUUGUGGAAAGACAUUCAAAAAUAAAGGUUAUCUCAAAUUGCAUAUUGAUUCGGUGCAUAGUGGUAUGAGGCACCCAUGCCACACGUGCGAAAAGACAUUUUCACUAAAGUCUAGUCUGAAAAUACAUAUUGAUACGGUGCAUAAGAGUAUUUUCUUCCCUUGUGAGAUUUGUAGAAAGUCAUUUAAAAGCAGAGGUUAUCUCAAAUUGCAUAUUGAUUCGGUGCAUGAUCGCAUCAAACACCCAUGCCAAACUUGUGGAAAAAUGUUUUCACAAAAUGGUUAUCUUAAAUUGCAUAUUGGUUCAGUGCAUAGUGGUAAAAAACCUUACCAUUGCGAUACAUGUGAAAAGACAUUUUCACAAAAGAGUAGUCUGAAAAGCCAUAUUGAUUCGGUGCAUGAUUAUAUCAAACACCCAUGUACCACUUGUGGAAAGACAUUCAAAAAUAAAGGCUAUCUCAAAUUGCAUAUUGAUUCAGUGCAUAGUGGUCAAAAACCUCACAACUGUGAUGUAUGCGGAAAGACAUUUUUACAAAAGUGUAAUCUGAAUACCCAUAUUGAUUCGGUGCAUGAUUGUAUCAAACACCCAUGUACCACUUGUGGAAAGACAUUCAAAAAUAAAGGUUAUCUCAAAUUGCAUAAUGAUUCGGUGCAUAGUGGUAAGAGGCACCAAUGCCACACGUGCGAAAAGACAUUUUCACAAAAGACUGGUCUGAAAAAACAUAUUGAUUCGUUGCAUAAGAGUAUUUUCUUCCCUUGUGAAAUUUGUGGAAAGUCAUUGAAAAGCAGAGAUAAUCUCAAAUUGCAUAUUGAUUCGGUGCAUAAUCGUAUCAAACACUCAAGUCAAACUUGUGGAAAAAUGUUUUCACAAAAUCGUUAUCUUAAAUUGCAUAUUGGUUCGGUGCAUGGCGGUCAAAAAACUUACAACUGCGAUGUAUGUGGGAAGUUAUUUUCACAUAACUUUAAUGUGAAAAAACAUAUCGAUUCGGUGCACAAUAGAAUUAAUUACCCGUGUAGCACUUGUGGAAAAACAUUUUCACAAAAGGGUCAUCUUAAAGUCCAUGUUGAUUCAAUUCAUAAUAGUAUUACUUAUCUAUGAGACAUUUGUGGGAAAUUAUUUAAAAAAAAAGUUUAUCUUAAGGCGCACAUUGAUUCAGUAUAUAAUAAUCCGAAACGUUAAAACUGCGAUAUGCGCGUUAAUACAUUUUCGCACAAGCGGUGCCUAAUUGUAACAAAUUCCCAUGUCACAUUUGAAUUGGUGCACAAUUGUCGAGAAAACCUUACAACAGCGAUCUAUGUGAAUAGUUAUUUUCGCGAAAAUAUAAUCUUUAAAAAUGUAUUUAUUCAGAGCAUAAUUGUAUUUCUCACCCGUGUGAAAUUUGUGGAAUGGUAUAUUUGCCAAAAAAAUCUAAAAUUUCACAUCA